ACAAUCUCUUCUGAAAACUUUUUUUUUUUCAUUUUCUCUGCCUUGUCCCACCAUCCUCUCCCUCUUUCAUUACAUUUCCACUCUCUGUCCAUGAAUAUGCUUCGUCGUCCAUGUUUCAUAGAAGCAAUUUAAAGUUGUCGUUCAUAAACUCUACGCAUGCUACACCUAGUUGAGCAAUAUUUUUUUGUCUUCAAGAAAUAUUUGCCUUUAUUAUUAUUAUUAUUUUUUUUGAAAUAAUCAAUUUAAACACAACUCACACACCAGGUGCCAAAUCUUUGCCCUUAAUUAGUACAGAGCUAUUUUUUAUGGAUGAAUAAUUGAACGCAUAUUCAAAUCUUCUCUCUCUCUCUCUCUCUCUCUAUAUAUAUAUAUAUGAAACAGUUCUAUUUUUAUCUCUCUCAGCCAAUAUGUACUUCAUGCAUAUUAACUUGAAUACGCAUGUAUCGUUGCCGUGCGGUGGGCAAAAGACGGGUGUUGGUUUAGUAAGGAAGGUUGCGUGGUGCUUUGGUGGUGAGAUGUCCAAAUCUUGAAAUAAAUUACUUGGAGGCAAUUCGAUGUAACGUGUGUGAUUGUCAAGUCCGAAGAAUCCUGUUUAAAGUUGGAAUCACAAUCUUUACGUCACAUUAGACACCUUUCUGGUCGGCUUAGUGAGAUUCUCAUUUACCCACUACGUGUUUGCCGUUGCUUUAGAAAUUAGAAAGUCAUCACAGGCGCUGGCUAACGCACCUCCCUUUCCUUCCACCAGGAAUUGAAUUUUCUUUCUUUCGUUUGUUAAUUUUCCAUGUUUUCCUGUAAUAUGGGAAUCUGAUCGGAUAGAUAUGAACACCCAGCGAGAUGAACGAUCUUAAUUGCAUUUUCAUGCAAUCCCAUUGGGAGCUUUGAUUAUGCCUUUUCUGCUUAGCUUGAGAGAAAAGGAAAAAGCGGAAGCUUUCCUAUAUGCACUGCGUGCAAGACUUUUGCACUUUGAUGCAGGGAGAGCAAGGCUUGUCGUUGGGAGAAGAAAUUAAGUUUUAAAUGGCUACAGUUUGUUGGCCAUAUUUUGAUCCCGAGUAUGAGAAUUUCAGCAACAGAAUCAAUCCUCCAAGGUUCACUUAUAUUUUCCUGGUCUCUGUGGACAAUGCUAGUUGUCAUGAUUGUACCCUAAUCAAGGUUGAUAGUGUUAAUAAACCAGGAAUUCUGCUGGAGGUCGUACAAAUUCUUACUGACCUUGACCUCAUAAUCACCAAAGCUUACAUAUCUUCAGACGGUGGAUGGUUCAUGGAUGUAUUUCAUGUCACGGAUCAGCAGGGAAAGAAGAUAAUAGACAGCAAAACCAUUGAAUUCAUAGAGAAGGCUCUAGGACCCAAGGGCCAGAGCAAUGAGGGGGCGAAGAGUUGGCCAGGCAAACAGGUUGAUGUGCAUUCGAUUGGUGAUCAUACUGCUAUCGAGCUCAUUGGAAGGGACCGCCCUGGUCUUUUAUCUGAGAUCUCAGCUGUGAUUGCCAGCCUCCACAUUAACGUGGUUGCAGCUGAGGUUUGGACUCAUAAUAGGCGAAUAGCAUGUGUUCUUUAUGUCAAUGACGCUACUAGCCGAUCAGUGGAUGCUCCUAACAGAUUAUCUCUCAUGGAGGAGCAGCUCAACCAUAUCCUACGUGGAUGUGAGGAUGAUGAGAAAAUAGCUCGCACCAGUUUCUCCAUGGGUUUCACCCAUAUGGAUCGGCGGCUCCACCAAAUGCUGUUUGCCGAUCGUGAUUAUGAAUGUGCUGUGGUGACAACAGACGUUGGUUAUCCUCCCUCUUUCAGGCCACAAAUUACAAUAGAGCAUUGUGAGGAGAAAGGGUACUCAAUUGUUAGUGUCAGAUGCAAAGAUCGAGCCAAACUUAUGUUUGACAUUGUUUGCACUCUGACUGACAUGCAAUAUGUUGUUUUCCAUGCCACAAUUUCAUCAGAUGCUCCUUAUGCAUCCCAGGAGUACUUCAUCCGGCACAUGGAUGGAUGCACACUUGAUACUGAAGGAGAGAAAGAAAGGGUCAUCAAAUGUAUUGAAGCUGCUAUUCAAAGAAGAGUAAGCGAGGGAGUGAGCCUGGAGCUGUGCGCAAAAGAUAGAGUGGGCUUGCUAUCAGAAGUGACGAGGAUUCUAAGGGAGAAUGGGCUGACAGUGUGCAGAGCAGGGGUAUCAACCAUAGGGGAGAAAGCGGUGAACGUGUUCUAUGUGAGGGAUGCUUCUGGGAAUCCAGUGGACACCAAGGCUAUAGAAGCACUUAGGAAAGAGAUAGGGGAAAGCAUGAUGAUCAAUGUGAAGAAGAUACCGGCAGGCAAUGCCAAAGCACCCGGGAACCACCGAGGAUGGGCUAAAACAGGCUUCUUCUUCGGCAAUUGGCUCGAAAGGUUCUUGAAUUGACUUGCUUGCCGGGCGCAUUGUCGCUGUGCAUCAGAACAAUAACAAAGUGUUGCGUGCCAAUUGCCGCAUAUGGGAUGCGUGCUGUCCAUUACUUUCUGUAAAGAUCAAUCGAUGCUUUAAGUUGUUGUAACUCAUAGCCAUAUUCCUCCAUACCUGACCCAUCUUUCAUUUC